ACCUCCCCCAUAUCUACAGGUGAACGGACACCAGAAUGUCAUAUUCCUACAACCAAUAACGAUCAAAUGGCUCCUACCAAGCCUACACCGCCAUCAGCGAGAUCUAACCCAAGUCGACGUGGUGAUGCUAAUCGAAGAAUUGAGGGAAUGGGUGCUCGGGAGAUGGAUCAAGUUAGUUUGUCUUCAUUGUGCUCAGUAGAUAUCUCUCAAAGCUCAAGAAAGAGAAUUUCGAUCUUAAACUCACGCUCUAUCAUUUGCGGGAAAAAUCUGCUAAGACUGAACAUGAGCUUGCUAAAACACACGAUCAACUUACUAACGCUCUUUCUCGGAACGCCGAGCUAACGGAACUCAACGACCAACUUUAUGCUGAGCUAGAGGCUCGUGAUCAGGCGUUAGGGGACGCGGUUAGGAUGAUAACGACUUACGAAGAUCGUGUGGCUGAGUUGGAGAAGCUUUUGAACGUGGGAAAUGAUUUUCAACGAAACAAUGUUCAACGAGAAGGGGUACUGACCGAAGUGGAACGCCAAGAUGGGUCGGAGCCCCCAGUGCUCAAUCCUGAAGAGGAUGAGAGUUUUAAUGACGGGGGAAAUUGUGGUAAUAAAUCUGGAAUUCCAAACUGCCUCACAGUUGGAGUAUCUCCUUUCACUCACCGACCAUCACCCCGUCUGGCAACUCCCUUUCGCCCUCACGCAUCUGGCUCAGGAAGCAGGCUUGUCUCUCCUUCUCCGUCGGUUAAUUCGAACCUAAUCGACCUGAACACCCCGCUAUCGAAUUCAAAAGAUGCUUCAAGUUUUCUAAGGUCGGCGUUUGCAUGCAUCGAUACCCAUACGCCACUACGAUCAAGGACUGUAUCGUCAAACAUGUCCUUUAUAAACAGAUGCUCGUCUGUAAUGAGCGAUAGCCCUGGAGGGUUACAGACUGGUCAAUCCCCAGAUGACGAUUUUGUUCUUGACUCACCGCGACUGAGUGAACUGAGUGACAGUAGCUUCGCAAGCAUGUACGGUGAGCGGGAUGAUGAUGCCUCUGAGGGGUCUGGGGAUGAAGCAGAAAUGCUUUCCGAUAACUGCGAUAGCUCUAUUUUCAGGGAGAUAUCAUCCAGAAUUGGUAUGGCACGCGGAUCUGAAACACCGAGCUGGAGGAUCAGUCCGAGAAGCGAAAUCAUUGGGUUCAAUGCGAGAGGGCGGGAGGGGGAAUCGUUCGUAUUUGCUCGGAAUGUCUUGCCCCCUACACCGGAAUCAAUAUCACCAAGGAAGUAUAAUGGGUUCAAGCUCAUCGACGACGAAGCCCCUGACUCCCAUCUCCCCUGGAGCCUGGUUUCUUCUAGUGAGGGGAAGAGCAUUAUAGCAUCCAACAGUUCCUAUGGCACUGAUGCAAGUGAAGUCAGUUUGUCGACGAGUGGAAUUGAUACACCCUCGACUCCGCCUCCGAGGGAGUACGAGGAGCAGGAAGAGGGGGUGGGAGCUAAUUGUGGGACUCAAAAAUCAUCUCCGCAUAAAAGUCCAAGUUUUGCAGAUAUUACCAAUACGCAAAAGAGACUUGAAUGUAGGGAUAGGCUGGGCUGCGGAGAGGGCGCUCGGAAAUCAACGGGGAAAGUUGGGUCGUUGGUGUUACCAAAACAUGUCAGCUCGCGCAUUGGCAGUGUACGGGGUGGUGUUUGCAGCGGCCGCCAAAGUGCUUCGCUCAAAGCUCCUCGUCCAGUGAAGACAAAUACUACUUUCACCAGCCCUCCGUUAACCAAUAUACACACCCCACCUUGGACCCCUCGUACACCGGACAGUGAAACUGCUAAUCGCAAUGCUCGAAUUCUUCCUGUGAUCAAAAGAAAGGAUAGUUGGGAAAGUAUCGGAUCCUCUCUCGAGAAGCAUGAUGUGAAGGGCAAGGGGAGUCGUGUAAAUGGAAUACCCCGGCGAAAUACCAUUGCUCUAGCUUCGAAUAUUGCCACCCCGCCGAAGAAAGUUGAUACACCAAACCCAAUCUUGGCAGUCGACAAGAGAAAGUCAUCGAUUCCUGCUCUCGUCAGGUCGAACACUACAGGGGGCAGGGAUACCAAAGGGGCCGCCGGUAAGCUAGUCAAGGAGAAGGGUCGCAGGAUCGUGAACUGAGCAAGGUGACGGAGGUGGUGAGGCAGAGAGACAUGUAAUGAUAUCGUUUCGUUGUCGAAAACCUUUUGUCUCGUUCGGAGGGGGGGCGCGGGUUUUGGUACCGGGCAUAGGCAAGAUCGCAGCAACAUCACUAUCCUUGUACGCCUUCGCCAGACUUGAAGAAUAUCUACCAUAAAGGUCCAACGCAAACACUACCGGCAGCUCAAGAAACCUUUCGUUAAAAAAAAAAAGCACAAUCAGGAGCAUUGGCUCCGCACUCUCCUUUACUUUACUUGCAUCGCUAACGUCCCACCAAAAACUUUCCUCUCAUUUCUGGCAAUCUCAUUUGUUUUGGUACUUUCUUUUAAAAAGUGAUUAUUCUUUAAAGGGAUUGGUCGGUUUGGCGGCUUUCUUUUUCUUGCACCUUUUCAGCAUUAAUGUUCCCACAGGUCAUAAUGGGGUUUCCUAUGGCUUUUGUAUAGUAUCAACUAUUUUGUAUAGCCUUCCCCCCCUCUUCCUCCUCUUUCUUCAUACCAUUGAUUGAUUGGCUGUGCUCCUCCUACUAUCAAGUUAGCCGGUGUCUGGUGUUUUUUGUGUGGAGAUUUGACUGGACUUGCCGGGGCGUUGGGGUGGGGGUAAAGGAAGUUGGAUGGUGAAGGGGGAGGGGAGAGGGGGGGGGAGAUAGAUAGGGGGGUUCACGCUUU